AUGGUUGACAAACGUCCUGAGCCUCUCCGCCUGGGCAGCAUCGCUCCCAACUUCGAUGCUGAGACUACGAAGGGCCCAAUUAAUUUCCACGAUUUCAUCGGGAACAACUGGGUCGUCCUUUUCUCCCACCCCGAAGAUUUCACCCCCGUCUGCACCACCGAGCUGGGUGCCUUCGCGAAGCUCGAGCCCGAGUUCACUAGAAGAGGCGUCAAGCUAAUCGGCUUGUCUGCCAACACCAUUGAUAGCCACGGCCAAUGGAUCAAGGAUAUCGAUGAGAUCAGCGGCAGCAACCUCCAGUUCCCCAUUAUUGGCGACAAGCAGCGGCAAGUUGCGUUGGCCUACGAUAUGCUUGACCACCAGGAUGCCACCAAUGUCGACUCCAAGGGCAUUGCUUUCACCAUCCGCUCUGUGUUCGUCAUCGACCCCAAGAAGACUAUCCGCACCAUCCUCUCUUACCCCGCCUCUACUGGCCGCAACACAGCCGAAGUCCUGCGCAUCGUGGACUCGCUCCAGACUGGCGACAAGCACCGUGUCACCACUCCGAUCAACUGGGUUCCUGGUGACGAUGUCAUCGUCCACCCCAGCGUUAACAACGACCUGGCUAAGGACCUCUUCCCAGACUUCAAGAUCAUCAAGCCAUACCUGCGCGUGACUCCUCUGCCCAAGGAGAAGACCAGCGCUGCCUAG